AUGGGAGGUGGUGGCAUGGAAGACAUCUUGUCCCGUCUCAAGCUCAACGAUGCUCGCAAACCGAGUGCCACUGCUCCUCCUCCUGUCGAGGUGAAAUCCCGCAAACCUGAUGACUUGAACAACCUCGAUAAACUUCUCAACAAUCUCCAGGAUUCGAGCAAGACCCUGAAGAAGCAAGAGCAGGAACUUCGUAACGAAACUCAAACUGAAAAUCACCGAGCCACCACCGCGCCAGCUCAUGACAAGCCCAGCACUGCCAAGUCUGCAGCAACCAACAAGAUCGACGUUGCUGAGAUGAUGCGCGUCAAACAAGAACUUGAGGCGGCUAGAUCGGUCAUUUCUCGCCAGGAACAAGAGCUUGCUGAGACCCGCAACCUCAAGCAAACCAUUGAUCAAGCCAUGGGUCCGCCUUCUGAGGUAGACUUUGGUACAACCACCGAUAUUUCUGAGACCACCAUCGGCCACCUCCAGAGUGCCUUUAACGCCUCUGCCCGCCCAUUUACUUCGCAGAGUGGUGUCGGUGGUGCUUGGGCUGGCCAGGAAGAUCAUCGUCAGGACUUCCCUCGUGCUGGCCGUGGGAUCUGGAACAACGCUUCCUCUUCCAUGACUGAACUGUUGUCUACUAAUCCCACUGGGCCGACAUGGAACAACAGUUCUCGUGAUGCUCGUCUCUCUGGACAAGCCUACAAUGGUGUAUACGGGGCUCCCUUCUCUCCAGCGGACUCCGCCUUUCAGCACCGCAACUUCUCUGGUCCGACCGGUCCGCUUGGCUAUGACAUGAGAACAAACAGUGACAUGCUGGGCAUGAACGCCAGUCUCGGUAUGAGACGCAACGGUGCGCAGCUGAGAAUCAAUCCAGGUCUUGCUGACCCCAUGACUCAACUGGGCAGCUACCCGCCAGGCGGUACCACUUUAACACCGCCACCAAUCAGUCCUGUCGGUUUUCCCGGUCAGUACAACUACCAGCGAGGACUCAAUACCCCCAUCACUCCUGCUACUGAUUUUGGUCCUGGUGGUGUCCAAAACGGUGGCCUUGCAUGGCCGCUUUCGGCUGGUGGCGUCAAUGCUCAGACCUAUGUCACUCCGCUGGAGCCCAUGAAUUACCGUCGCCUUCUCGACAAGACUGUGACCUGCGACUGGAAGUAUAUUGUUGACAAGAUUGUCUGCAACAAUGACCAGCAGGCCAGCAUCUUCUUGCAACAGAAACUCAAGGUUGGUACCGCCGAGCAGAAAUUCGAGAUUGUCGAAGCCAUCGUCAAUCAAGCCUACCCACUUAUGAUCAACCGCUUCGGCAACUUCCUCGUUCAGCGCUGCUUCGAGCAUGGCACCCCAGACCAGGUCGUUGCCAUUGCUAAUGCCAUCCACGGCAAUGUCCUAUCCUUGAGCAUGGACCCAUUCGGUUGUCACGUUAUUCAGAAAGCCUUCGAUUCCGUCCCAGAAGAUCACAAGGCUGGCAUGGUUCAAGAACUGCUUCGCCGCAUUCCCGAAACGGUUAUCCACCGCUAUGCUUGCCAUGUCUGGCAAAAGCUAUUUGAGCUCCGAUGGAGUGGUGAGCCACCUCAAAUCAUGCUUGAAGUCAACAAGGCUCUUCGUGGAAUGUGGCAUGAGGUUGCUUUGGGUGAGACGGGAAGCUUGGUUGUCCAGAAUAUCUUCGAGAACUGCAUCGAAGAAGAAAAGCGUCCUGCCAUCGAAGAAGUCAUCGCCAAUAUCGACCUCAUCGCCCAUGGCCAAUUCGGUAACUGGUGCAUCCAGCACUUGUGCGAGCAUGGCUCACCUCCCGACAAGCGACGCGUCAUCGAUCAUAUCUUGGCCAAUUCCUACAGCUACAGCAUUGACCAGUUCGCUUCCAAGGUGGUUGAGAAGUGCCUCAAGAUUGGUGGACCGGAGUUUUUGGACCGCUAUCUUGGAGUGAUCACUACUGCUCACCCUGAUCGUCCACGCAUUCCACUCAUCGACAUUGCUGGCGACCAGUACGGCAACUACCUCAUCCAGUGGAUCUUGAUGAAUACUCACCAUCAUCAGCGCGAGCAAGUGGCCAUUCACAUUCGCAAGCACAUGGUGUCCCUUCGUGGUUCCAAGUUUGGAUCUCGAGUUGCUAUGCUUUGCUGCAAUCCCAACCAAGUCACACGUCCUGGUCCAGGUGCUGUUGUCAACCCAUUCGGUGCUCCUGGCCAACCGCGCAACCAGUGGCCGCGCUUCCGCUAA